UAUAUAUAUAUAUAUAUAUAUAUAUAUAUAAUGUGCCCACAAUGACACUGGAGCAGAAACGUUUUGUCAGAAAGGGGCUGAAAUAUAAAGCUGUUCUGUUGUCAUCUGACUGACUUAUUCAUGAUUGUCAUUGUCUUAACAUUUCCUAAACAAGCACAGGCUAAUUAAGAGUCAAGAACAUAUAUUGAAAUUUUUUUGAGGGGGGUGGUUAAACAAUGUUAUCCACGAUUUUUUCAUGACUCUCACUCCUCCAUUCCUCUUCAGUUUUCCCGGACAGAAAGAACUGCACGCAGCCACUGGCAAUUUGAAUUAAACUACAGAUUUUCAUCAUCACAUCAGUGUGCUUUGUCAUAUGUGCGACAAGUCACCCAUGUGACGACACCGACCGGCUUUAGGUUGCACAAUUUUUGAGUGGUCGUUUUUUAACUUUCGUGAAGUUUUUCAUCGCGAGGUUUCUGUGGCGUCAUUGCUUCAAGGGGGAAAAAGUUUGGGUUGAAACAUCAUUGAUCACCUUAAAUUGUUGCGGCUUACUGAAACUCCUUCGCUUAAUGGACAGUUUGUUGGACUGUAAAAUAGAUUUUAGUCGUAUAUUUCCACAACCAAAACCGUAGAUUAAUUGAACCGGUUAAGUUAAACUACUAAACCAGGAGCCCUCAUGACCAAAUUUUGACGACACGAAUUUUUAGCGGAGCAUGAUAUUUUAAAGUCCGAUACAAUAUUCUUCUGAAACUGACCUCUUAGUAUUUUAUAGGCCAGCCUUCCUAAAACUGCUGGACAUGCAUGCACAAAGGAAAAUGAGGAAGCCAGAUAUUAAAAUGGUCAUCCUGGGAGACAUGAACGUCGGGAAGACCUCUCUGUUACACAGGUAUACAGAGAGGAGUUUUAAAGAUACCUUGAGCACAGUCGGAGGAGCGUUCUUUCUGAAGCAGUGGGGACCAUAUAACAUUUCAAUUUGGGACACUGCAGGUCGUGAGCAGUUCCAUGGCCUGGGCUCCAUGUAUUGCCGCGGUGCCGCCGCUGUCAUCCUCACCUAUGACGUCACCAGCUGGCAGAGUCUUGUGCAGCUCGAAGAGCGCUUCCUCUCUCUCACCGACUCGGCCAAUGGCGACUGCAUCUUCGCCAUCGUGGGCAACAAGGCUGACCUCACGGACGCCUGCGCCCGGGAUGUUGCACCCAAGGCCGUCAGGCUUGAGGAAGGGGACGAGUCUGACCACCUGGAAUGCCCCACCCCCCCGCACACACCCACUGUCCACAAACAGGUAAUGAGAGAGGACGCUUUGGCGCUGUACAACCGCAUCAUACACUCUAAGGUGCUGGAAAAGCGUACCAGCCCACCGGCGGAGGACGUGUGCUUCGAGACGAGUGCUAAGACAGGCUAUAACGUGGACACGCUGUUCGAGACGCUCUUUGAGCUCCUGCUACCCUCCAUCAUCUGCACGCAGACACAGGUUGAGUCACCCACUGUGUGCUUGGAGGACUAUGAGGAGAUGAAAAAGAAGAAACCUGUGUGCUGCACGUGAGGAGCGGACAAGUGCGAGGAACCAUGCAGGAACCACUCAAGGUGAUGGACCUGGGUCGUCACUAUGGGUCGUAACUCUAGGUUAGCAUUUUAAGAUAAUCUAUGGUCUGUGGCCAUAACAAAUCCCAGUCAUAACUUGCACAAAAGCCGAGAGAACUGACCGCAAGAUGAAAAAGCACCAUCCAGCAACUUGGCGAGGGUGUAAUUUUUUUUCCAGUUUGAGUAGGGGGUUUUGCUGUCUACUAUCACAUACUGAUCACUUUCUCUUCUCUCUCUCAGACAUUUCCACAUUGCAGCUGGUCACUACAGUGGCACUUAGUGCAGUCAUAAAUGUGUGUGUUUGGAACAUGUCUGUGGAUGCUACAGCAGGGGCUCAUUUAAACUGAAGUUACUUGAACUUUUUUUUUUUUUUUUCCCCUCCUCAAGUUUAAAACCAAGUACAGUGUGUAUAGCAGAACAAAGCAAUAGAACAUCCUUUUUGAUUUUUCUUAAACCAUUUAAUUUAAUUUGCACCUACUGUUAUUGAACUGUGAAAACUAGCAUUUUAAAAGGUACUGCAAUUAAAUAAAGGUGUAUGGUGUUAUUUUCA